AGCCAUCCUGCACAACUGGGGAGCGCCUUCAACAGUAAACGUCGCAAUUAGCCCAAGCAGCGCGUCAGACACACCCGGGGGAGGAGAGCAGGCAGGCAGGCAGGCAACCUUCAAUUUUUCUCGUGCCCUUUGGAAGAAGUGUCAAAAGUCAGCGGAGCAAUUUUAACACUUGCAGGAGGCAAUUCUGGAAACUUUUGUGUUGCAAUCGGCCACCUCAUUUACCUUCUUGGAAAGCCCAGAGCAUGCCAUGACUUAGCAUUGAGCUGUUUAUCCAUCCAUCUUUGCCGAACCCGCAAAUCGAUCCCCUGACCGAGAAUCGUCCCCAAUCAACUUCGAGCCCCUCCCGCCUGUCCGUCUGUGGCGCCGCGAUCGUCGUCAGCCCUGUUGUCCCGCCGCGUCAGAUAACCGCAGCGAGUCACUUGGGUUAGACAAGAACAUCCAACGACCCCCAAGGCGACCAGUUAGUCUUCUGCGGCAGAAAAAAAAAAUCAGAAUAGAUUACACGACUUGGGUCGCUUCAGACCAAACUGAUACCCAGACACAACUCUCUCCACAUCUCACCAUCGAAGACACGAUGAAGGCCAUGAAAGAAAUGAAGGGGUUCAAGGGCCUCGGCAACAAGAUGCUUGGCGGCAUGAAGAGGAGGCCAACAAACGGAGCCACAAGUGCAGCGCCCGCCGCCAGUGGUAGCAACCUCCCUGACGGCCCCGAUGAUGACACACCAGAGGCGAUCGCAAUCUACAACGCGAGGAAAUUCUGCGAGUCUGGAGGCGGCGACAAUGCGGGCGACGAAGUAACCUUCCUCCCCGCAAUCGUCGAUGCGGCCGAGUCCUCACCCGCCGCCGCCGCCGAGUGCGCGCGGAUAAUCCGCAAGUACCUGCACAAGGACUACACAUCCCGCCCUUCGUUCCAGUACAACGCCAUCAUGCUCAUGCGCAUCCUGGCCGACAACCCGGGGAUGACGUUCACGCGGAGCCUGGACAAGAAGUUCAUCGACACAUCCAAGGAGCUGCUCCGUUACGGCCGUGAUUUCUCGGUGCGCCAGAUGCUUAUGGAGACGCUAGACGCGUUCGAGGCCACCAAGAGUUAUGACGAGGGCCUGCAACCAAUCCUGGAGAUGUGGAAGAAGGAGAAGGAAAAGGCGUACAAGGCUUACGGGAUACCGCCCGGGGGUCCUCCUCGAGGCCCGCCAGGAGGUCUGCCACCGAACGGCUUCCAACAACAACAAAAUUACUUUUCGCGCCACCACACCAACCGGCGACUCCCGGAGCCCAUCGAGCUGGCCAACCGCCUUGAGGAGGCGCGGACGUCGGCCAAGCUACUGCAACAGGUCGUGGCAUGCACCCCGCCGGCCGAGGUGUUGGACCACGAGCUGAUUCAGGAGUUUGCGAACCGAUGCCUGAGUGCGUCCAGGUCCAUCCAGGGCUACAUGACGGCGGAGAACCCGAGCCCAGAUAACGACACGAUGGAGUCUUUGAUCGACACCAACGAGCAGCUGCAGACUGCCCUGAACCUGCAUCAAAGGGCCGUGCUGAACGCCAGGAAACAGCAGCAGCAGGCGCAGUCGCCCACGCAGGCCCAGACCAUGCCGGCGAACGGCACGGUCAGCCCGCUCGAGACGCCAGACGAACGAUUCAGGAGCCCCGACUCCAACGGUCUUUCGCUACACCAGCCGACGCCGAGCAACAAGGCGCUGGGCAAGCAGGCCGAGUCGUCGAGGUCGACGCCGCGGCCCGACGAGGACCCAUUCCGGGACCCGGUCGAGGAGAGCGGCGGCGGCAGCAGUAACAACCGCGCCGGCGGCUCGUCGUCACGGGCCGGCGGUGCUUCAGGUAAGGACAAUCACAGCGCGUACGAACCCUUGCACGUGGGCGGCGGGGGAGGAUUCGUCGUCGGCUCGACGCUAGCGUCCGGUUUGGCGCCGGGCGAAGGACGGGGCAGUGACCCGGCGGUGGCCGCCCCGAGGACAAAAUUGCAGCAGACUGAUGAGGGUACGCUGGCUUCUCGCACGCGCAAUAGGGGCAUGACGCAAGGUUCGGCCAUUUCGGACCUAUACGACGAUUCAGGCGACGAGCGGUACGGACAGACGACGUCAACGUCAAGAGCGGCGGGGAAGGCAGUGGCUGACGGGCCGAUUUACCGGUAUUGACUGAAUUGAAUAGGCGGUAAGGGGUAGGGGGUGGAAGUGGCAUAAGAAAAUAAACGCUACAUUUUGGGGUUGGUAGGCACGUUUCCUCUGUCUGGGAUGGUCUCAGAAGAGUUGGAAUCAAACUACUUCUCUGCGUGGCAAGAGAAACAUUUGUCCAUUUUUAUUGCGCCUUGUUAUUCUUUUUUUUUCUCGACUGGUCUCUUUUUCGUUUACUUAUCAUAUCCAUUAGCCGGCAAGUUUAUGCUUCGUUUUUUUUUAUCCUCUGCAUGUACUCUUGGCUUCGGACAAACUGAGAAGAAUUCUCUACACCUCUUCGAAAUCCCAGCAUCUGAAUGGCUGGCCUGAUGAUGCUUGGGGUGUUUGCUUCUAUGCAGAAGACAGUUGUGGUCCUCGCUUGCGCUGUGUGUGGUCUGAUUUAAAUUGGCUCGCAACAAAGCGCCAAAUCGGGUGAUUUCUCCCAAGAUUUGAAAAGAAAGAAAAGAAGCGAAGAAAAGAAGAAAAAUAUAACUGGCGCUUAAAGGCGCUACACUAUCCGUCUAUGUCUAUCUACAUCGUCUACAGUAGGUUUGUCGCGGCUCGCAC